CACGCUUAAGCCUCCAUUGAGGCGCGCCACUCUUUCUCUCUGCACUCUUUAUUUAUUUAUUUAUUUAUUUUUAUAUAUAUAUAUAUUCUUUCUCAUUCACUUUUUCAUCUCUCUUCAAAUUUCAAAAUAGAUAUUCUCUCAGAUCUGUUUCUUCAUCUUCCUCUUUCAAAUUAUAUCUUGAAUGGAAUCUCUUCCUGAUGCCAUAGUUCAGUACAUUUUGUCACACUUGAACAAUGCUAGGGAUGUUGCAGUUUGUAGUUGUGUAUCCAAGAGAUGGAAGGAGUCAUUGCCUUACCUUAAGAGUCUCUACUUUCCUCGUAACUCAUUUGAUGGUUACACCGGCAGUGAUAGCCCGGACAUUGUUAUCUGGAAAAUGCUUUCGUCAAUCACAUGUUUAGAGGAGCUUGUUGUUUACAGUCCAUUCACCAGUUCAGGCCUUGCUUCAUGGCUAUUGCUGGUGCAUUCAUCGCUCAAGCAUCUUGAGCUCAGAAUGGAUAAUAUUACUGAUUAUAAGGCUUGUGUUGAUAGUCCAUCCAAAUUGGACUGCGUUAGUGCAGCUAAGAAUUUGGAGUCUUUGAAGCUUUGGGGUGUGCUAAUGGCUAAUUCACCCAAGUGGGAUGUGUUUAAAAACCUAAAAAGCCUUGAAAUUGUCGGAGCAAGAUUGGAGGAUUCUGCAUUAUCUGCUGCACUAAGGGCAUGCCCUAAGUUGACUAACUUAGUUCUGCUUGGUUGUGAAGGGGUUAGAUCAGUUUCAGUUGAGUUGCCAUAUUUAGAGCAGUGUAAGCUGGACUUCUAUGGCUUGGGCAACUGUUCCCUUUCUCUCACUUGUCCAAAAAUCGAACUCCUUGAGGUUCAAGGUUGUAGUUGGCUUCGAGUUCGCGAGACUACAUGCCUAAGGAAGCUUUUGAUUGCAAACAAUUCAGGUAGAGUAUACAUGGUAGACUUUGGGAAGCUUUCAGCCCUUGAAUCCUUAUCAAUGAGGGGGGUCCAAUGGUGUUGGGAUGCAAUAAGCAAAAUGCUAGAGUGGUCUAGUGAGGUGAAGCAUCUCUAUAUGAAGGUUGAAUUCACUGGAGAUUUGGAGUCCCUUUUACCCUUUCCAGAAGUUGAUUUCGUUGAGUUUUUUAAUAGCCAUCCCAAGCUGCAAAAGUUUGAUAUUCAUGGGGCCAUGUUUGCUGCUCUUUGCCAGAAAAACAGCCUGAAAAAUGUAGAACCAGGGUUUGUGAUUCCAUGCCUAGAGGAAGUUGUGGUUCAAGUAAGAUCACCAUUAAACGCUGAACAGAAAAUGAGCACUUUGGAGUCCCUUUUGAAGUAUGGGAAGAACUUGAAGACGAUGGUAAUAAGGAUUCUUCAAAUGAAGAGCAACCAUAGUAGCUCAGACGAUUUCUUUGAUGAGAUAUGCAGGCUUAGGUUUAUGAACCGCAAAAUAGUUCGAAUAGAAUAAAGCUAACAAGGGGCACCACCUCUAUGAUUCCUUUUUUUUUUCUGCUUUGGAACUUAAAAGAGUUUUGACUGCUGAUUGCUUCAUGAUGAUUCUCAUGAAGAUACUUACCAAGUUUCUUAUUUAAUCUCGAAUGUUAUGCAUUUUGACCUCUUUAUCAAUCAACUGAAUUAACCUACAA